GGCCAUCUCCAGUGAAACUGAUUGGCGCUAGGUAACUUUUAUACACCAAUCACGCGCAUAUCUGGGACAUAGACGACGUGGAGAGAAGUUAUUCCAGGGUACCACCCCCUCAGACUGGACUGCCAGAGUGCCAGAGGGCAGGAUGUGGUGCCCUGGCGGCGGGUUGGCGAGGCCGGGCGGCAGGACGUGGGUCGGGUUCGCCCUCUGGAUUAUCUGCGCCAGCUGUCUCUGCCUCACCGCAAACGCGCAGUUCAGGAUUCCCCCGGAAACGGUUCAGCAAUGGGCCAAUACCUUUGCAGGGGAAAUAUACUCCAUAGCGACAAAAUACUCUGGAUCCAAUUUGCUGCAAAAGAAAUUCAAAGACGUGGAGCCGAUUAUCAGGAUUGACGAGGUCGACGGCUCAGCGCUGGCACAGAAGUUUGCCAAAGAGAUGCAGCAGAUGCUGGGCCGGAAGAUGAAGUCAGUGAAGCGACUGGCAGAAUCUGCUGAGGAUGCAGACUUGUACCAUACAUUCAAUGAAACCUUAGAGUUUGACUACUACAACUCAGUGAUGGUGAACACCAUGGACGAGGAUGGGGAGUUUGUGGAGCUGGGCGGCGAGUUUGUCCUGGAGGAAAACGAGCAUUUCAGCCGACUGUCUGUCAACACCUCACUGAGUGACAUCCAGGUCCCCACCAACGUCUACAACAAAGAUCCUGACAUACUCAAUGGGAUCUACAUGUCAGAGGCGCUGAACACCGUGUUCAUCUCUAACUUCAAGCGGGACCCCACGCUCACCUGGCAGUACUUCGGCAGCUCCACGGGCUUCUUCAGGCUCUACCCAGGCAUCAAGUGGACCCCAGACGAAAAUGGCGUCAUUACUUUUGACUGCAGGAACCGAAACUGGUACAUCCAGGCGGCCACCUCUCCUAAGGACAUCGUGAUUGUGGUGGACGUCAGUGGCAGCAUGAAGGGCCUCAGACUCACCAUCGCAAAGCACACCAUCAGAACCAUCCUGGACACGCUGGGGGAGAAUGACUUCGUCAACAUCAUCGCAUAUAAUGACUACGUGCACUACGUGGAGCCCUGCUUCGAAGGCACUCUGGUCCAGGCGGAUCUGGACAAUCGUGAGCACUUUAAGCUGCUGGUGGAGGAGCUGCAUGCCAAGGGCCAGGGGAAAGUGAAGAAGGCUAUGAAGGAGUCCUUCCGAAUCCUCAACGAGGCAACCACCCAGGGGAAGGGCAGCCUGUGUAACCAGGCCAUCAUGCUCAUCACAGACGGAGCCAUGGAGGACUUCCAGCAGGUCUUCCAGGACUACAACUGGCCGGAGCGGAAGGUUCGCGUUUUCACUUAUCUCAUUGGCCGAGAGGUGACGUUUGCGGACAAUGUGAAAUGGAUUGCCUGCAACAAUAAAGGUUACUACACUCACAUUUCAACCUUGGCCGACGUGCAGGAAAACGUCAUGGAGUACCUGCACGUCCUGAGUCGGCCAAUGGUCAUCAACCACGACCAUGACAUCAUCUGGACCGAGGCGUACAUGGACAGUGUGCUUCCCAACAAGGAGCAGCUGUUCAACACCCAGGCUCAGAGCAUGCUGCUCAUGACCACGGUCGCCAUGCCGGUCUUCAGCAAGAAGAACGAGACACGCUCCCAUGGGAUUCUCCUGGGGGUGGUGGGGUCCGACGUCCCUCUGAGGGAGCUGAUGAAACUGGCUCCACGAUACAAGCUUGGAGUUCACGGCUAUGCCUUUCUCAACACCAACAACGGCUACAUCCUCUCUCACCCUGACCUCCGACCUCUGUACAAAGAGGGAAAGAAACUUAGGCCCAAACCCAAUUACAACAGUGUGGACCUGUCUGAGGUGGAGUGGGAGGACACGGAGGAGACUCUCAGAACAGCGAUGGUGAAGGGCGAAACAGGCACAUUCUCAAUGGAUGUGAGAGCCUCGGUGGAGAAAGGGAAAAGAGUUAUGUUCCUGACAAAUGAUUAUUUCUACACAACUAUCAAAGACACUCCUUUCAGUCUGGGCCUAGUGCUGACCCAGGGCCAUGGCGAGUACAUUUUCACGGGCAACGUUUCCAUUGAAGAAGGACUUCAUGACCUGAUGCAACCUGACCUGACCCUUGCUGACGAGUGGACAUACUGUGAGACAGACAUCGAUCCACAGCAUCGCAAGUUCAGCCAGCUUAUGGCGGUAGUUCGCUACCUGAGAGGGGAGGAGCCUGAGCUGGAGUGCGAUGAAGAGCUGCUGCAGACGGUUCUUUUUGAUGCCGUGGUAACUGCUCCCAUGGAAGCGUAUUGGACAGCCUUAUCGCUCGAUGAAGCCGGAAUUGAGGAAGGGGUAGAGGCGGCUUUUUUGGGAACACGGGCAGGACUCAUGCGGCUCACCAGAUACGUCGGCACGGAGAAGCGCGUGGUAAAGAAGUUCCUGACCUCGUCAGACAAGGAAAACCUCUUCACAAUGGACCACUUCCCUCUGUGGUAUCGGCGGGCAGCGGAGCACCCGCCCGGCAGCUUCCUGUACUACAUCCCUAACCCAGAGAGCCGAGAUGUUUUCAGGGACUAUGAAUACAACUAUAGCGCCUCCCCCAGGCUGGAGGACCUUGAGCAGGAGUGCGAGGAUGAUGGGAAGGGAGUCGUCGCCACCACAGCCGUGACGGUCACCAUCGACGACAAGAUGGCCAUUGCGGCAGCCAUAGGGGUGCAAAUGACCCUGGAGCUGAUGGAGACCAGGUUUUGGGCGAUCGCCAAACAGCCCAAUGACACAGAUUGCAGCCGCGUGGACGGCGCCUGUCCCCUAGACUGCGAGAGCAUGCUAAUAAACUGCUACAUCGUCGACAGCAACGGCUUCAUCCUGAUCACCAAGGACAAGAAAGAUGUCGGGAAGUUCUUGGGGGAACUGGAAGGGGCUGUGAUGACACAGCUGCUCAGGAUGGGCAUGUUCAAAAGGAUAUCGCUGUACGAUUACCAGGCCAUGUGCAAGAACCCCCUCCAUCAUGCCAACAGCGCCCGGCCCCUCCUCAGCCCCUUCUAUGGCCUGGCGUCAGCUCUAAAAUGGCUCCUGUCUCAGUUCCUGCUCUUUUUGCUGGAGUUUAAUGUGUGCGGGCUGUGGCACUCCGAUCACCUUGCAGAAGCAAAGUCUGUCUUCCAUUCAACUCACAAGCACAAGAAGGUGGAGCUCAUGCAGCCCUGUGACACGGAGUACCCCAGCUUCGUCCACGACCCCUCCAUCAAGGAGACCAACAGCUACAUCCAGUGCGCCCGCUGUCAGAAGAUGUUUGUGUUGCAGCAGAUCGCCAACAGCAACCUGAUAAUGGUGGUGAUACAGUCAGACUGCGACUGUUCCCGGAAGUAUUCUCCCAUUACCCUGGAACCAAAGGAGGUCAAAUAUAAUGCCUCGGUGAAGUGUGACAGGAUGCGGUCGCAGAAGAUCCGCAGGAGGCCGGACUCCUGCCACGCCUUCCACCCUGAGGAAAAUGCCAAAGAUUGUGGGGGAGCUUCGGAAAUUUCCCUGUCUGUGGCCCUAUUCCUGGCUUCCCUGGCCACCUCUACGUGGGUCCUGCGAUGAUGGACAGGCCAAGACUCCACCUCCCUGGAGUCACUGAUCUCCUGGCUCCCAAAAUGGCUGAACCAGGCACGCGGGCUGCUGAAAUGCUACUGUAAUCUUUAGUUUUUGAGCCGAGUAGAUUGCCAACCAGCACUGUGACUGCUGAGGGACGAUACAACAGCUACACACUGGGAAGAGACCAUCCCUGGAUCUACACCAGUGCACAGAAACAAAAGGGCUUUUCAACAGUGUCUUAAGAUGCCAUUUUCCUCUCUCUUUUCUUAGCAAAAUUCUCUGAGGGAAAAUCGGACACAUUUUUAAACAAUGGAGAAGAGACACGACUACAAAUGCUCACCUUUGUGGAGAAGAAAAAUAGCGGUCAGUUACUACCGCAAAAAUAGAUAUCCAAUUCAUGCAUGUGUUUCAGUAGCAUUAGCCAUGGGCAUGUGACUUUGUCAAGACAUGUUCUACAGAAGCACUGCAGCCAAGACACCGACACAGGUGUCACCAAGGCUGGAAGGUAUCUUUGUCUCCAAUCGGCUGCAUGAAUUCUGCCCUCUGCUGGACACUGCAUCACAGUGCAGUGCCAAUGUCCUGUGAUGUCAGAGCAUUAUUCAUUCAUUCAGCUUUUUAUUUCAGACUCUAAAAAAAAGGUCCAUUAGAACUGUGGCCCAUGCUGAGCCAGAUCAGAAUCUCAAAAAGACUUAAAAAAAAAAAAUUCUAUGCACAGGUGCACACAUACACAUACAACCACAAGCACACACACACAAGCAAACACAAACGAGACAGGUAUUAGCAUAUCUACAUGUUUUGUAAAAUGUCAAAAUGUCACAAAUUGAAAAGAAUCCAGUCCUGCUGUUGGUUUGUGGGCAGCUUGCAGGCUCCAUGCACUCAACAACUGCAGGAGAGACGGUUCACACACACCUUCAGCCUUAAAGUGGAGAUGUGUGGUCCACAAUGAAGGUCAGGAGACCAGGUUUGAUUCUGUGCGCAAACCCUAAAAGGUGCUCUGCACAGUCUGCAUUUUGCAAUGGUUAUGCAAAGGUUUGUUUCAUUUUAUUUUGUUGACAAAAGUGUAUUAUUCAUUUAUAGGGGUUAAGGGGGGCUACCUCUAUUCAUUAAGAGUCCCGGGCCUACAGAAAUAAGAGGCUCAUAAUGAUAUAGGGUAGGCCCCUAAUCGAUAGACCCUCAGGUUUGUUUUAGGGCACAGAUGUCUAACUCCAGUCCUGGAGGGCCGCAGUGUCCGCUAGUUUUUGGGGAGUUCUCGACACAAGUGUUUCAUUCAAAUCAUUGAUUGGCUAAGGCAUCCACACGCCUUGUUCUCAAAGCCUUAAUUGGCAGCUGACUGAAAGGAAAACACAAAAACCCGCAGACACUGCAGCCCCCUUGGGAUGCAGUUUGACACCCCUGUUUUAGGGCGUCGGGUAACGAGAAUGUGUAGUUGGUCCCAGCUGUUUUAGGACCAUGUUUGUCACUUUCAAAAGGGGUAGAUUUAGGGGAAAAACAGUAUUGGAACGCGUUCCUCUGAAAAUUACACUGUAUAAUGAAAAUGGUGGAGAGGCACACUGCAUGGGAAAUGACAAAAGCCGUGAAAAAAUUAGAUGAGCAACCUGUAUUAUUACAUCAUAGGCUUACGCUCCAAACUGAAGUCCAAUAAAUAAAGACUAAUGCAACUAGCA